AUGAGCAAACGAAAAAGACAAGAUUUUGAAAAUCAUCAUCGCUUAAUUAAUUCGGAGGAAAUAUUCACUAACAAUUUUAAUAAUAAUAUGGAAGAGAAAGCAAAAAAGAGUGUGAAAUUCCAACAAGAAGAAAUAUUUUCAGAUGAUGUUUGUUUUGAAAUAAUCUCCAUGAUUGAUGAUUCAUGGUUUAUUUUAAAUAAUUGUUGUUUAAUUUCAAAACAAUUCUUUAAUGUGAUCAAGGAACGUUCAAAACUUGUUAUUCAAUUUAACAAAAAAUUUACAGAGAAACGAGUUGAAUUAUGCAUGAAAAGUCAAUUCAUGAAUAGUAUUGUUAAUCUUAAAGUUUCUCGUUGGUUGCUUGACUCUGUAGACCAACUCAAAUUCAUAAGUGAAAUGAAACAAUUAACAUCACUCGAUAUAUAUAGCAAUCGAAUUGGUGUAGAAGGAGUUAAAUAUAUAAGUGAAAUGAAACAAUUAACAUCACUUAAUAUUUCUGAAAUUGAAAUUAGUGAUGAAGGAGCCAAAUAUAUAAGUGAAAUGAAACAAUUAACAUCACUUUAUAUACAUAAUAACGAAAUUGGUGAUGAAGGAUCCAAACACAUAAGUGAAAUGAAACAAUUAACAUCACUUAAUAUUGGUUGUAAUGAAAUUAGUGAUGAAGGAGCUAAACAUAUAAGUGAAAUGAACCAAUUGAUAUCGCUUAGUAUUGGUUACAAUCGAAUUGGUGAUGAAGGAUUCAAAUAUAUAAGUGAAAUGAAACAAUUAACAUCACUCGAUAUUACUGACGAUGAAAUUGGUGAUGAAGGAGCUAAAUAUAUCAGUGAAAUGAAACAAUUAACAUCACUAAAUAUUGGUUUUAAUGAAAUUGGUGAUGAAGGAGCCAAAUACAUCAGCGAAUUGAAACAAUUAACAUCACUUGAUAUUUCUGAAACUGAAAUUAGUGAUGAAGGAGCCAAAUAUAUAAGUGAAAUGAAACAAUUGAUAUGGCUUACUAUUGGUUAUAAUGAAAUUAGUGACAAAGGAGCUAAAUACAUCAGCGAACUGAAACAAUUAACAUCACUCGAUAUUACUGACAAUAAAAUUGGUAAUGAAGGAGCCAAAUAUAUAAGUGAAAUGAACCAAUUGAUAUCGCUUAAUAUUGGUUACAAUCGAAUUGGUGAUGAAGGAGCCAAAUAUAUAAGUGAAAUGAAACAAUUGACAUCACUAAGACAAAUCAGUUUAGGAUUUUACUGUAAUAAUUGA